CAACUAUGCGACAGUCGGCGUUCCACGUUGAACGCAUGUACGCGCGUGUACGAUACGGAGAGUGCAUCGCGGUGCAAUUUUAAUCGUUUUAGUGCCCAAGUCUCUCGGCGACACCGUUUUAUGGCAUCUGACCAGCAGCACCUAAUAAUAAAAAUUAUAAUAACAACUUGAUGGUAUCGACCGAGACGACGAACGCAGAGCAGUGCACGCUUCAGACCGUAGCGCGUAUAAUAACAACUGCAGUACGGAAACGUUUACAUUUUACCUACCGAUUACCGACACGGCUGUGUAAUGCUGCGUACAGUGCCUGUUCCGACUUGCAGUAGUGGUGGCGAUGGUGACGGGUGGCGGUGCAGGUGGUAGUGACAAUAGUGGUGGAAAGGUGAGAAUGAGAAACCAGAUACCGAGAAGAUCUUUUGUAUUGGGAGGUACCUGUUUCGAAUUCUAAAAGGACGACGUCACGAUACACACCGGAGAGGAUAGUCCAUUGGCGGGGAGGUGUUGUAUUCCUGCGGUGUACGUGUUACCUGUAAUACAGAUACAGUGACCGUGCUGAGCGAAGAUUAGUCAUCAAGGUCUUUGUGCGCGCGGGUUGGCUACGCGCGUCGGCAAUACCGGUUCUUGCUCUCCCGUGGUGGCCCAGUGUGUUUGUGUGCGUUCGUCUAAACAUUAUUUUAUAUUACGUGUACGUGUUCACGUAUUACUAUAAUAAAAUCAUUGGUGUAUACACAAGUAGAAAUUCGCGUACACUUGCUACUGAGAUUGAAGAAGAAGGUGCGCGCACAUACAUUUAUGCACCGUCCAUCAGUUGUAGUAUAGUUCUUAGUCGCGUACAGCCGACUCCCGCGUGUUCUCACCCAGAAUAUCAUCGCCAUCCCGUUUUCUGAGUAAUAUAUAUGUUUAACUCCGCGAGUGUUUCGUUUUUAGUGCGCUCGUCGAGAAGUAUUUUAGCAUAGUGUAAUAUAAAUUACAAUAUAUACAUAUAUGGCAGUGCGGGUGUCAGCGAUGGAUACUGUACGGGCCGGAAGUGCCCCGAAUUUAACCGCUUACAUUGAAAUGGACCGAUUAAACGGGAUAUCAAAAUCUGAAAAACUCACUCAAAGACGGGCCAAACAACAACAGCAGGAUGUUUCGCAGGACGUCAACAGCGACAACCGCACGGUUAGCGAAUCGUCUAAUAGCGAAUACUUUACCAAAAGUAUGUUGUGCAUUCAAGAAGAACUUGGAAAUUUAAAAGACAAAGAACCCAUCAAAGAUAAUGCUGUUGGGAUCAAUAAAUUGGAAUCUGAUGUUUUAAAACCUAGCGGCUGGUUUGAUGGAUUGUUAGGAUGCUUAAAACCAAUGUUGGGAAUCAUGGGAAAAGGAAACAGUCAUGAUAUUAAGUCUUAUCAAGAUAACUGGGAUAUUCCAUUUGAAUCGAUUAGUGAUUUGCAAUGGUUAGGUUCGGGAGCCCAAGGUGCUGUAUUCAGUGGAAAAUUAAAAAAUGAAAUUGUAGCAGUAAAAAAAGUACGUGAACAAAAAGAAACAGACAUUAGACAUUUGAGAAAACUGAAUCAUCCUAACAUUGUACAAUUUAGGGGUGUAUGUACUCAAGCUCCUUGUUACUGCAUAGUGAUGGAAUAUUGUCCAUAUGGACCACUUUAUAAUUUGCUUAGAGAUGGUGAAGAAAUACCACCUAUACGAUUAGUAUCGUGGGCCAAACAAAUUGCAUCUGGUAUGCAUUAUUUACAUGUGAACAAAAUAAUUCAUAGAGAUCUUAAAAGUCCUAAUGUCUUGAUUGGUCGUCAAGAAAUGGUGAAAAUCAGUGAUUUUGGUACAAGCCGAGAGUGGAAUGAGAUAAGCACUAAAAUGAGUUUUGCUGGUACUGUAGCCUGGAUGGCUCCUGAAAUCAUUAGAAAUGAACCAUGUUCAGAAAAAGUUGAUAUUUGGUCAUUUGGUGUGGUUUUAUGGGAACUUAUGACUUGUGAAACACCAUACAAAGAUGUAGAUUCUUCAGCUAUUAUAUGGGGUGUAGGUAGUAAUUCUUUACAUUUACCAAUACCUUCAUCAUGUCCAGAUGGUUUUAGAUUGUUAAUUAAACAAUGUUGGGCAGCUAAACCACGUAAUAGACCAUCUUUUAAACACAUAAUGAUGCAUCUAGACAUUGCUAGUUCUCAAGUGCUAGCAAGUACACCCGAUGAAUACUUUAAAACACAGGCUCAAUGGAAGAAAGAAAUACAGAUACACAUGUUACAAAUGCAGACUAAUGGAAGCCAUAUUCCCAAAUUUGAAGAGGAUCUUAUUAAAAAAAGAAAAAAUGAGUUGAAACAUGCACAAGAUAUUAGGGAACAUUAUGAGAGAAAAUUAGAACGUGCUAAUAAUCUUUACUUGGAGCUAAGUGCUGUGUUACUACAAUUAGAACAACGAGAAAAUGAUUUAAUUAGAAGAGAAAAACAAAUGUCUAAAGUGUACAAAAAACGACUUAUAAGACCAUUAUUAAAAGCUCAAGAUAAAUUGAACAAACAAAAUAAAUCUGAUUCAACUACUACAUCACCAUCAUCACCAGAAAGACUUUGUCAAAAAUUUGACUCGCAUUUAACCAAAGCUACACUUUACGCUCAAGUUAGUAGCAAUUCAAAUAAACCAGAAUCAAUUGUUGUUACACCAAAACAAAAUCAACGAAAAACACGACCUAGGAAAGCUCAGAUUAUAUGCUCAAUUGUAAAAAAUAAAAAGUAUAAUACAACAAAAGAAACUAAUUGGAAGAACAGUCACCAAAUAAACACUAAUAAAGUCAAUAGUGAAACACAGACCGAAACUAUUGAUUCAGGACUUCAUCAAGAUAUACUCAAUGGUAACAUGUCUGAUUCUGCGCAUUCACAGGGUGAAGAUAGUUCAUGUAGCAGUGGAGUAAGACUGAGUGAUGAUGAACAUUUGGAUAGACUAGGCAGACAAGUAAAUGAAAUACUUAACAAUAACAGACCUUCCAACAUGACCGAUUUAUCAGAUUAUUAUCAGGAUACUGAGUCUAUUUCUAAUAACUUCAACCUUAGGAGGAAAAGUGCUGGUCGGCGACCAAUUGGACCUGGUUUACGAGUACGUCGUUACAGAAUGACACAAUAUUGUCAAGAGCCAAAUGGAAAUUCUUUUUCAUUAAGUUCUUCAACAGAAAAGCAUGAUUUCUUAGAGGCAGAAAGUUCAACAUCAGAUUCUGACAUGAAAGACAUUGAUCUAGAUCCGAGUUUUUAUAAUGUAUCUAAUCAGUUUCCAGUUUAAUACCGUGUAUAAAACCAAAAGAUUGUACUAUGUCUACAAUUUUUGAUUUAAUUAUUUUAUUACCAUUUAAUAAUACCAGUCCAAACAUUAUAUUUUUUUCAUAACAAUGUCAAAUUUAGUUUCAAUGCUAUCACAUCUAAAAUUUCACAAUUUUUUAUUUUAAAUUUUUUUAACUAUCUUGCAUAUCUUAAUCUAACAUUUUUUUUUGUCAUA